GGCAGGGAAAAGCUAAGUGGGCAAAAGAAGUCGGGUUCUCCUCCCUCUCUCCCUCCCCUCCUUCCUCCUCCUUCCGUGCGCUUCCUAUACACGCUGUACAAAAAAAUCCAAAUCUGACGGCACACAUCACAAAGUCACCAACGCGUCGAGCUGGAGAAAUGACUGACUCGCCACCUGUUUGAUUUCCUUGUUGGGACUGUAUCCUCCGGCUAAAGACCUGUGUCGCCGUGCGCUCGAGCUCCAGUGAUUGCGCAGCUCCGGUAGUUUCGCCAACUUCAGUCCUCGCGCUGUUGCACCUGUGUAUACCACAGCGCUUGCCCCGGGCGUCGUGAUUUCCACUACCGGGUAGGGUACCGCUCUCCGCCCACUGCAUCCACUUUGUCUCCCGUCAGAAAUUCGCCAAGGCGACAGCAACACACUCCGGACUGGAUUUUUAUGGCACGCAUUUAAUCCAUCAGGGCCAAGCCAGGCGAGAAAGAACACAGAUAACGCACACUUGGACUAGGUGACAGUCUAUAGAGCUACUUGACUCUGAAUUUCAAAGAAGGAUUUCAACUUCUCCAGGGAAUAAAAGGACUAGAACAGAAGUUUGGUAGGUCUACAGUGAAACAGACUAUUUUCAUUUUUCGCUUUACACAUUGGCAUCGGCUGUUCUCUACUCUUCGGCGACAGCACAAGCAUGAGCAAACCCGCCGCUUCAACAAGUGGCUGCCUGGACAUUCUGAAUGUCAAAUCAAGUCGGAUCUUGGACAUCCCCUGCAAAGUGUGUGGCGACAGAAGCUCGGGGAAGCACUAUGGCGUUUACGCCUGCGAUGGAUGUUCGGGAUUUUUCAAGAGGAGUAUUCGAAGGAACAGGACAUACGUUUGCAAGUCCGGCACACAGGGGGGGUGCCCAGUGGAUAAAACGCACAGAAACCAGUGCAGAGCUUGCCGUUUGAAAAAGUGUCUUGAAGUAAACAUGAAUAAAGAUGCCGUGCAACAUGAAAGAGGUCCCAGGACAUCAACCAUCCGGAAGCAGGUUGCGCUCUACUUCAGGGGCCACAAAGAGGUCAACGGAUCCUCAACUCACUUCCCGCCCUCCUCCAUACCGGGCCCGCCGUUCUUCACCACGGUCACGCAGAUUGAGCCACACAACCUGGAGAUGAGCGCAGUGUCCAACACGCCAGAAAGACAAACCAUCGUGGGGCUAGCGCAGCCAACACCCAAGUAUCCUCACGAAGUCAGCGGCACGCCAAUGUACCUGUAUGAGGUCGCAACUGAGUCAGUGUGCGAGUCGGCAGCGCGUCUCUUAUUUAUGAGCAUCAAGUGGGCCAAGAGUGUUCCGGCCUUUUCAACGUUGCCAUUACCGGACCAGUUGAUCCUCUUAGAGGACGCGUGGAGAGAAUUAUUUGUUCUGGGCAUUGCGCAAUGGGCGAUCCCGGUGGAUUCCAGCACCCUGUUGGCAGUGUCUGGUAUGACCACGGAAAACACCGAGUCACAGCGGCUCAAUAAGAUCAUCGCCGAGAUCCAGGCUCUUCAGGAGGUGGUCACACGCUUCAGACAGUUGCGGCUAGACGCGACCGAAUUUGCCUGUCUCAAGUGCAUUGUCACAUUUAAAGCCGUCCCAACUCAAGGUAGCACGGAGAUUAGGACUUUCCGCAACGCUAGUGCCAUAGCGGCCCUUCAGGACGAGGCCCAGCUGACGCUUAAUAGUUACAUCCAUACCAGAUACCCCACGCAGCCCUGCCGGUUUGGAAAACUCCUGUUGCUCCUGCCCGCGCUGCGCUCAGUCAGCCCGUGCACCAUCGAGGAGGUGUUCUUUAAAAAGACCAUCGGGAACGUCCCUAUCACACGACUGCUAUCAGACAUGUACAAAUCCAGCGACAUCUGAGCUCAUGGCCGACGACGUCCAACUCUUAAUUACGCAACGCACGAACAGUCCAACUGUCCUACAGUUUGCCUUGAUUUGAUACAACGAGAGUUGCCUUGGGAGAGACAUGAUACAGGCUAAAAUGUGUUGAGUUACCAUUACAGGGAAUUAAAAGAUCUUUUUCGUUAAGUAGGGUUAACUGUUGCAUUUUUGUGUUCACUGUAAUGUGCUAAUUAUAUUGCCGUUAGAUUAUUUAAGUAUAUGAAAAAUGCUUAUUUUUGUCUGUUUCCAGUUUUUUUCCUCUUAUCAAAAUACAAAUAUUACUGGAGAACAAAGCUGUUUGGAGAAGUGACCUGUGAGUUUCCUUUAAUGUACAAUCAAUUUAGUGUAUUUAACGACAGUUCGUUGUGUUUGUAAGAAACAGGAGCUUUACAACCCAUUUCCGUUUAAUAUUUAACAUUACAAUUUUGUAUAAGCGAGAAUGGAACAACCAAAAAAAAAAGACAGACAAGAAAAUAAGGACGCCGAGAAAGAGAAUGGAGAGCAUCGGUUUACAGGGGUGCAGGUCGCUGUCCCCUGACACGGUGCUGAAACCAAAGUCCACAGCUGCAGGGCCGUCAAGUGCGU